AUGCAGUACUACAAGGGCAAUGAGUCGGGACAAACGCCGGGAAUCCUGCCAGGCCCUCCUCCGGCCGGUGAUUACUACUGGUGGGAGAGCGGCGCCAUGUGGGGGACCUUGAUCGACUACUGGAAGUUGACGGGCGACUCGACAUACAAUGACGAAAUCACAAAGUCCCUGCUUUGGCAGGUCGGGCCAAACCGAGACUUCAAGCCACCCAACGUCACAGCCUCGCUCGGCAAUGAUGACCAGGCCUUCUGGGGUAUGUCAGCCAUGCUGGCCGCCGAAAACAACUUUCCCAACCCGCCGAAAGACCAGCCGCAGUGGCUGGCACUCGCCCAGGCUGUCUUCUAUACCCAAUCCACCCCCGACCAGCACGACGACACUUGGUAUGUCGAGCCCACCCUAGUUUUGCCCUACUUCGGCUAUUCUGGCAUCGCGAACGGCUGCUUCUUCAACCUCGGCGCAAGACUCGCCCGUUAUACCGGAAACCAAUCAUACGCCGACUGGGCAGAGAAGACAUGGGACUGGGUAAAGGGGGUCAAACUCAUGGACGACGAGUACAACAUUUAUGACGGUGCUCACGUCCAAACCAACUGCACCGACAUCAACCGCGCUCAGUUCUCGUACAAUAACGCCGUCUACCUCGAGGGAGCCGCAUACAUACGACAUCGCGUACGAGAUCGCGUAGACGAAGGAGCACAUGUCGUGCACGGCGGACAUGCUCAAGCUACAAGGGCUACCUGCAACCGUUGGAUGGCGGUGGCGACGCAGGUGGCGCCCUUCCUCGCGGACAAGAUACUGCCCGUCCUCAAAAAAUCGACCGAGGCCGCCGUGUCCACCUGCACGGGCGAGGCCAACGGCCGCACCUGCGGCUUCAAGUGGAACACCAAAGCCUACGACGGCAGCCACGGCGCGGGCCAGCAGAUGAAUGUCCUAGGGGCCGUGUCGUCGCUGCUGAUUGCGCAGAGCCCGCCGCCCGUGACGAAUAUGACGGGCGGGACGAGCCAGGGCGACCCGGAGGCGGGCACGCACUCGGAUAGGAAUAAUAAGAAGGGUGAUUUGCGUCCCAUCACGGCGGGGGAUAAGGCGGGGGCGAGUAUCUUGACGAUUCUGGUUAUUGUGUCGGCGAUGGGCACGUUUGGGUGGAUGAGCACGGGGGUCUGA